AUGAGUUCUUUUCGAAAAAAGCUAGUGGUGCUGAGAAUCGUAAAAAAACAGCAAAAGAAUCAGCAAAGAGGUGAUUUGUUGAAAAAAAUUCCCAAAAUAUCUACUUUCAUGACUACGUCCUCUUCAAAUAUAUCAAAUUCUAAUGAAAACAAAGUACAAUCAUCAUUUUCAUCUGCACAGAUAUUAGAAGAAACUGUACAACAAGAGACUCAAGGAAUUCAGUUUGAUUCUCCAUCAAUAAAUUUACCGACUAGCGAUUUAACUAGAUCUAAAGAUUAUACAAUUCGCACGGACCCGUAUUUAUGGGAAUUUAAUCAAGUAACACGAGAUUUUGUAGCUGUCAAUGGUACACCACAAAAUAUUAAUGCUGAUUUUGAAAAGUCAAGGAAUGUUUAUAGCGAUAAAACACGAUUUUGUUCAACAAAAUUAUUUAAAAGAAUUAUGAAAAAUGGUGAAGUUAAACCUCGUGCGUGGUUAAUUUAUUCAGAAACUAAAGUAUCGGUAUUUUGUGCCCCAUGUCUUUUGUUUGGCAAUAAUAAUGAGACAAAUGCUUUUACUGGCGAAGGUUUUCGUGAUUGGAAAAAUUCAAAAGCCCGUGUUGAAGGUCAUGAAAACUCUCAUGAAAUUUCGUAUUGGAAAAAAAUUUUACAUCGGGUAGUUGCAAUCGUCAAAUCGCUAUCAAUAAGAGGACUGCCAUUCCGAGGACAUUCGGAACAAUUGGGGAAUCCUCAUAACGGUAAUUUUUUAGGAACAGUGUAG